AUGGAGAAAUCCUCUCUGGACGCAGACUGCUGCGCCCUGAACACGGUCCUGGUGGAGGAGAAGAAGGGCCAUCUCAUUCCCAAUGGAAACGCGCAUCAAGACGUCAAUGGGACCCUCAACGGCGGGCCCAUAUCAGCCGCCACCGGAGCCAUAUCGGCGGCGGAAGCGGAGAAGAGGCAGGGCUUCCCCGAGCGAGAGACGUGGACCAGACAGAUGGACUUCAUGAUGUCUUGUGUGGGGUUCGCCGUGGGUCUGGGGAACGUCUGGCGCUUUCCGUACCUGUGCUACAAAAAUGGUGGAGGAGUGUUCCUCAUUCCCUAUGUGUUGUUCAUAUUUCUGGGAGGCAUUCCGAUAUUCUUCCUGGAGAUUGCACUGGGUCAGUUUAUGAAGGCUGGGAGCAUCAAUGUGUGGAACAUUGCACCUCUUUUUAAAGGACUUGGCUUUGCCUCCAUGGUGAUUGUGUUCUUCUGUAACACAUACUACAUCAUGGUACUUGCCUGGGGUUUCUACUACUUGAUAAAGUCCUUCAAUUCCACACUGCCCUGGUCCACCUGCGACAACCCGUGGAACUCUGAAAACUGCAUCGAGAUCUUCCGCCACGACGACUGCCAGAAUGGCACCAUUGGCAACUCAACAUUUGGAAACCUGACGUGCGAAGAGCUUGCUAAUGGGCGUUCCCCUAUCAUUGAAUUCUGGGAGAACAAGGUUCUGAACAUCUCUGAGGGACUGGAUGAACCGGGCGUCAUUAACUGGGAACUCAUGCUGUGUCUUAUGGCCGUGUGGGUGAUGGUUUACUUCUGUGUGUGGAAGGGUGUGAAGUCAACAGGAAAGAUUGUGUAUUUCACUGCCACGUUCCCGUAUGUGGUCCUGAUUAUUCUCCUGGUGAGGGGCGUCACACUUCCUGGUGCUUAUGAUGGGAUCCUGUACUAUGUCAAACCUGAUUGGUCUAAGCUAGGAGAGGCACAGGUCUGGAUCGAUGCUGGUACUCAAAUCUUUUUCUCCUACGCUAUCGGGCUCGGAGCCCUCACGGCCCUCGGCAGCUAUAACCGAUUCAACAAUGACUGCUAUAAGGACGCGUUUGUUCUGGCUUUUAUUAAUAGUGGCACCAGUUUCUUUUCUGGUUUCGUGGUCUUCUCCAUCUUAGGCUUCAUGGCGUCUGAACAAGGUGUGGACAUCUCUAAAGUGGCUGAAUCAGGCCCCGGUUUGGCGUUCAUAGCGUACCCUAAAGCCGUGUCUCUGAUGCCCGUGGCUCCGGUGUGGGCUGCCCUAUUCUUCGUCAUGCUGCUGCUGCUGGGACUGGACAGUCAGUUUGUUGGUGUGGAGGGUUUCGUAACUGGCAUUCUUGAUCUUUUCCCUGGAAAGUAUUACAUGCGCUAUCAGCGUGAAAUUGCUGUGGCGAUCUGCUGUUUAUUAUGCUUCAUUAUAGAUCUCUCCAUGGUUACACAGGGAGGGAUGUACGUCUUCCAGCUUUUUGACUACUACUCAGCCAGUGGAAUGACCCUUCUGUGGCAAGCAUUCUGGGAAUGCGUGGUUGUCGCGUGGGUUUAUGGUGCUGACAGGUUCAUGGAUGAUAUUGCCCGUAUGAUCGGUUACCGGCCAUUCCCGUGGAUGAAGUGGUGCUGGUCCUUUAUAACUCCAUGUGUUUGCAUGGGUAUCUUCCUAUUUCACCUGCUGAACUACAAGCCUCUGACCUACAACAAUGUGUAUGUGUACCCGUGGUGGGGAGAGGUGAUCGGAUGGUGUCUGGCUCUCUCCUCCAUGCUCUGUAUCCCCGUUAGCCUCGUGUACAAGCUCUCUGGAGCCAAGGGAACAUUCAGAGAGCGUUGGGAAAAUCUGACCAAACCAGUGUGGGGAGGCCAUCACCUCGAAUACAUGGCCCCUGACACUGACAUUAAAAGCCUGGCCUCUCUGUCUCCUGGAAUGGAGGAGAACAAGGUGAUCAUUUUUGAGAGUGUUAUGUAGGUCAAAGGGGAAUCCUAAGACAGCCCUCCUAAGCCAAGCUGGUUGAAGAAAUCUUCAGUUUUUUUUUUUUUUUGACAUUUGACGGAUUUCUGCAUCAUCUUAGUCUUAAAACAGCUGAUGGAAAUUGACGGUUACUUUUUGUUUCAUACUACAGAUCCUCUAGCAGAUGCUCUUCCUCUUCCACCUGUUGAAACUGCAAACUAUAUACAAGAUUUUUAAGAAAAAUUAUGUGCAAAGUAACUUGCAGAUAUCAAGAUUUGCAGGGCAAAAUCAGCAUGUCUUUGGAGGGGACAGUAUAGUGUAGCCUAUAACAUUAUUUCACAGAGUGGCAGAAUUCCCACAGGCCACUUUCCUGAACGUUUGCACUGACACGAGAAUCAAAUCUGAGCAAGAAGCACAUAGUUAAAAUGAAGCAAAAGGGGGGGAAUUUAUUUAUAAAUGCAUCCUUGAUUGGGCCCAAUAUGCAUAUACAUGCACGAUAAUCUCAAAUUCAUAAAAUCUCAUACAUAUAUAAAUUAAAACAAUGUACACUUCAGUAAACAGCGUUGCAUUUAACUGAUCAGCAAACAUGGAUACAGAUUUAACAAUCAAACUAAAUGUGUCUUUGCAGAUUUCAUGUCAAUAAGGCCACAUGUAGUUGCCAAAGCUUUCUUUUGAUGUGUCUUCGUCUGAGACAGGUGACCAAAAUUCCUGAUGCGUGAUAUCACAGCAUUUACUGUAAGUGCCAAACAGAGAGCGAAACUUCCCAUCUCUGCUCAGGCUUGUCGGGAGAUGGUUUUGGUUGCCAUAAAUAAAAUUAAUGCAUUUUGUUAAAGAUUGAAUGGUUAAAGGCAACAUGAAACAUCAGUUUUUCACAGUGCAAUUAAUCAUUUAUGCGGUUUUACCAUAAAUCACUUUAAUACAGAGUUCAGGUAUGAAACUCUAGAUGGUGCAGUCCGAUAGGUCGAACUCAAUCUGAUCUAAUGACAUCAUUAUCACAUGGCACAGCUGAUUGGUUCUCUCCUGUAUUGGUAGCCAAUGAGCUCGCUGCUCAGCAUUCAAAUAUAUGACUAGGGCUUACCAUAGCAGUGCAGCUUGCAUUAGAAGCCCUCCACCUUCCCCAGCUCCACCUGUAUAGAUCUGCUACGAUGUGAUCAUGUGAUCAUGUAUUUUAUAUGGAGGUUAUUUCAUGUAUGUUAUAUUUGCAGCAGCAAUAUUUCUUACAUGCUCUUGGCAACAGCAGCGUAGCAGAUUUAUUCCGCCAAGACCAAAUACAUUAACACUGCCAUGUACAUUACCACGCCAAUCCCUCUGAGAGUUGUCACGCCAGAACUAUACUCAAAUGGGCUUCAAGCAACGUUUCAUGCCAACUUUCAUGAGAGGUUUACAGUUUCAGUUCUAUAUUUAGAGUAGCAGUAUUAAUAUGAUCUCAAAGAUUUUUAGUUUAUGAUUUUAAAUCAUAAUGGGAACGCAAUGGAAGUUAUUUUAAAAAAGAAUGCAAAAAGCAAAUAAAACAUUGUAAAGUUCUCAGAAAUGCAUAUUAUCAUAAAGAUUCAUCCAGCUUUAACUAACGAUUCAAUAACUACAGAUAGCAGUAUAAGAGAUAAAUGAAAAGACAACGAUUAUUGAAAACUCAAUUUGAAAUGUUUUCAAUGUCAAGUGCAGAUAACACGAAAUAUCCGAGAGAUCUUAAUCUCUGUUGUUCUGCUGUAAACACAUUGCAGUUUUUGAUACAUUGUUGCCAAACUUUGCCUUUAUUUGUCUUAAUUGAGAACCCAUAGACAAAUAGCCAAGAUGAAACCAAGACAAACCGGCCUCAUUGUGACCUGUGGGAAUUCUGCCCUGUAGAUAAUCACCUCAAACACUAAAGCAUUGUGACAUCUUAGAUUUAAUCAGAAUAUACAAAUUAGAUUACACAAUGUAAGGCUUCAGAAUACAUUUGCACAUUGUUGUAAAAUAAUCGGCUAGCACUUUUUAAUCGUGUUAGAAUGUUUUUUUUCUUUCUUCUUCUUGUGAUUUACAUACUGUAAAAUAAAUCAGAGAUUUAUUUUGUGAAGGCUGUUAUUUUGCUUAUAUGCAUAUAAAUAUAAAUACAUAUUGAUAUUUGUGUGUUAUAUUUUAACGUUUGAUGCUGUAUGUACUUUUGAUAAAGACGAUAAUAUGGUGUGGGAAUUCUUAGUGGAAUGCUGCAAAGCAUUCCGGGAGGCGUACGAGACAGAAAGCACACAAACUAUGUUUUAUUUGAAAUAUCAAGUGCUGCAGUCGUUAAAUGUUUUAGACUGUGUGUGUAACUCCAGUAUUUUCUGCUGACCACCCAGAAUCCAGCUCGAUUUGGUUUUCAUUGAACGUCUGAAUUGGAGAUGCUGUUUACCUUGUUGUUUUGGUUAUAAUUUAAUCUCUCACUGUAGAAAUUCCCAUAAACCAAUGGUUUAUGGUUUUAAGGAACACUAGAACCUUUCCUUAUAAAAACAACAACAACAAAAAAACACAUAUUCAGCAAUUUCCCCCCACAUAUAUAUACGAAUGUCCAUUUUAGUUCCCUUCAUCAAUUCAUUUCCGUAGAGUUGAACAUGCCUUUAUGACUGUCUAUAGUGAGAAUAAAGGAUCUAAGUGCCCCUCAGACAUCUGAGGACUAAGUUAACCUCUUCACCGCUUCAAAAUUAGAGAUACUGGUUUACCAAAGGCCUUAAUCGUUAACCAUUUAGUCCAGUUUCAGUUAAAGGAAUAGUUCAUACAAAAAUUUCGAUGUAAAUGAGUUUGUUUCUUCAUCAGAACAGAUUUGGAGAAACUUAGCAUUACAUGGGUGCUGAAUGGGUGCCGUCAGAAUGAGACUCCAAACAGCUGGUAAAAACAUCACAAUUAUCCACAAGUACUAGAUGUUUUUAAAUUUGGUGUUGCGAUAGUGGUGCUGCGAUCCGCUCUUUGAACUCUUAUUCUAAAAGCACAAAUUUAGCAGCAUCAACAUGUAGGGUGGCCUUAGAGUCAGUCGAUUUCGGGCUAAAGAAUGUGUCAAAUCAAUCACCAUUAGAAGAAUUCACUUCUUUCCAUCCAGAUAAGAGCCUGGGUUGGUCAGUAGAUUAAUUAUUCUAUUAAAUAACGAUUACAUGUAGAAAUGUUUAUCUAGAAAAAAAAUGUUAAUAAAAUAAGAAAAAAUGUUUUAUGUCAUUUAUUGUGCUCUGCCAAAUGUUCUGGACAGUAUCUUUACACUGAAGGUUUGCUGAAUAUUUGUUGAGCUAUAGAGAGCAAAGACUUCAAUACGUCCUUAAAGGGAACGGUGAACAGCACAGGAGAAUCACAGCUAAAUCAAUCUCAGAAUCAAUCUUAGUUACAGAUUCAGUAGAACCAAACGAUCAUCUAAUGAGAGAGUCCAAAGCUUCGGGUGACGAUACUGUCUUGAUUAUAAGCUCACUGACGUCUUUCAUUCUUGUGGUUUGUAACACACUGUGAUGUAACCAUGGUUGUCCAUUUUGAACUCUAACAGUAGUAAAGCUAAGGUAACUGUACUGUGUGUGCUAGUUUCCCAUCUAUCAGGACCCCUCUCAAGGGCUUCAUGUUCCACCACUGUGAUCUUGUGCUGAUCCACCUGCCCAAGUCAAAGCAACAAAUGGCAAUAAACGAACUCCAUGAAAUAA